UUGGCUCUGUUCCUGGAGCAGCGCAAGACUGCAGUUCAGAAGAGCAAAGAAGUGCAGUGGAUCCCCCUGCCUGAGAAAGAUUUUUUUUAAAUAGAGCCCAAAACGCUCUGCAGUGUGGCAGGACGGGGAUACACCGAAACGAAUGGGCACGUAAGCUCACGCCUUCUGGAAGUCAACAUGAGUGUCGUGGACAAAGCGGUGUGCCAAAAUAAGUGGAUCGGCAUAUCCAAGAUGAUGUGUGUCGGGGGAAGUGUUGACAACAGAGGAUUCUGUAAGAGUGCCAAGAAACGGUGGAGGAAUGAAGACAUCACGCCCAGGAUGAUGUGUGCAGGGGGAAGUGCCGACAAAAGAGGAUUCUGCCAGGGAGACUCAGGGGGUCCACUGGUGUGCAGUGGACUAGCAGUGGGAAUCGUUUCCUUCAACUAUAAAAAAAAUUGCACCUACCCAAAUCGGCCCAACGUUUAUACUCAAAUCUCAAAGUUCUUGCCCUGGAUUAAGAAGUACAUCAACAACACUUCUUUGUCUUUCUUGAAACGUUAAUGGCCUCACUCUUGUGUAGACAAAUACCUCCCUGGUAGCUGGAUGGUGAAAAUUCCCAGGGACACAGGCAGAUGGAAUCCCAGGUAUCUUAUAAUGUGCUUCACCAUGCGCUUAUCUUUACAGCUAAAAUUAAGCUAAUUCCAUUUCAAAUAUCGAUACUGCAUGUUUAGAUGUGAUCCGCUGAGUUUUGUUUAUUAGUCAAUUCUGCAUUUCCCCCAUGCAGACGCUGUGGUUCUGGCAUUACAUUAGCUUCAUUAAAAUGCAUGCAAAUAUGA